AACAUGGAGGCUUUGGUGUGACCUCUGUGAGAGAAAUUUCUCAGUUUGCAUUCAUUUCUAGCUGGUCACACACAUUAUCAGUUCUGCCCACACGCUUUCCGAUCAUGGAGAAGAUAGUAAACGAUCUCAUUUUUCAAAAUGACACUGACACUUCAAUUGCACUGGAGAUACAUCAGGCCCUACCAUCAGACAAGAGUCUUAGCGAGCUACUUCAAAAGCCCAAGCAACUACAAAGAAGGCUCACUCAACAACACAUGACUUCUAUUUCCAGUUAUAUGAUUGAACAUUCUUGUUCACCUAGAGAUGCAGCCCGCCUUCACUCCCUAAAGGGUAAAGGUGCUGGUGCCUGGAUUGCUGCUAUCCCAGAAUCGGCAAAUUUCGCACUUCAACCUUACGAAUUUCGUCUGGCGUGUUUGUUGAGACUGGGUCUGGAGAUACCGGCUGUGAGCUGCAUCGAGAAAUGUGAAUGUGAUGCUAAUCUGGAUAACACAGGGUAUCACUUACUCACCUGUAAGAAAGGCGGUGGUCCUGUGUGGUCACAUGACUCCAUUGUGUCCGAAUGGUCUGAUUGUUUGAGGCACCUGCAGAUCCACCACAAACGCGAACCUCGAGAUCGGUACACUGACAACAACAAUCGUCCAGACAUUGCUGUCUUUGAUGCGGGCUCAGGCACCAAUGUAGAGCUUGAUGUAGCCUUGGCUCAUCCUUGGGCAAAAGACACAUUGUUCCAAGCUUCUAAAAGGGAAGCAGCAGCAGCUGCAAACAGGGAGAACAGGAAGUUAACCAAAUAUAGUCAAGUCACUCUCCCUGGUGCGUCUUCCUUGACACUUGUUCCACUUGUAUUUGAGCAUUUUGGCCAUUGGGGAGAACGAGCCACCAGAUACCUACAGGAACUAUCAACCAGGUCGACGGAUGAUGAUGGCAAUAAGAAUGCUAAUGAAUUCAUGUGUUACUGGAGAAAACGAUUCUCAACAGCGCUACAACGUUGCAAUGCUAGGACUAUUGCAAGGAAACUAUCACGCCUUUUAUCUAUGAGCUCCAGUAAUGUAAAGAACUAUCAUACUCAGUUUUGCGUACAUUAGUUUGUGAUGUGUAUUGACCCUAUUGGGUAUCUUGAACAUUCUAAAUAGUUUUAGUUGUAAUAGCAUUCAUUUAUGAAAAUAUAUGAAGACAGACAGACAGACAGACAGAGACAGACAGA